AUGGACCAGGCGUCACACUACCGGUCGACCUACAGGGCGUAUCCGCAUCUCACGCCAGAAGAGUUCGCAGAGGUCUGCCACCAUCUGGAAAGCAGAUAUUGCAAGGCGACCCUGGGCCCUCUUCGCCGGCGAUGGCGCCUCCACGUCCGCACCGCCCUCAGCACCUCGUUUGACUUUGACAGCGACCAUGCCACCUACUUGCAGAUCAGGCGGCCCCUGACUUCUGCCAGCUCAGCCGAAGACGACGAGCUUGCUGCGACGUUUGGCACUUUCUCCUUUGGCAGUCUAGAAGGCCAAGAUGAUGUGGUCGUGGCAGACGAUCACAUGGUUCAGAUGGAUGAAUCAGAUGAGUCCGUACUGCCACGACAGCCGAGGCGCUUUGGAGACGGCUAUGUCACCUACGAGAUACAUUACCACCCAACGUACCGAGCCCCAUGCUUGUGGUUCAGCCUGCAUGACUUGCCUGUGCAUGAACCUGCCUUCAACGUCGAGACAGUCUUUCGGAGGCUUGUUCCUGAUGAGUACAAGGAUAGCCUGCGUCGCGUUGGGUCUGUUGGUGGCAUUUCGGCUGACAGGAGGUUCCUGUCCCACUAG